UCUUACGAAUUCUACGGAGUGCGAGGUUGACGAAAGAGCUUUAGGGAAUUGUCUUCUUUGUAGACGCACGAUGGCGAACAGAACAGAAGCAUCAGAACAGCUGAGCAAGUAUUCUGAGGCAAAAGAGAAACCUGAUGUCCUCACCACUGGAACUGGGUGUCCCAUCGACACAAAGACGGCCACCAUGACAGCUGGACCCAGGGGGCCCAUCCUGCUACAGGACGCCCAGUUUCUGGAUGAGAUGAGUCAUUUUGACAGGGAAAGAAUCCCAGAGAGAGUGGUGCAUGCCAAGGGAGGUGGAGCAUUUGGAUACUUUGAGGUCACUCAUGACAUCACCAAGUAUUGCAAGGCCAAGAUCUUCGAAAAAAUUGGAAAGACGACCCCUUGCGUGGUUCGGUUCUCUACUGUUGGUGGCGAGUCUGGUAGUGCUGACACUGCCCGUGACCCACGUGGCUUUGCCAUAAAGUUCUAUACUGAUGAAGGAAACUGGGAUCUUGUUGGAAACAACACUCCUAUCUUCUUUAUCAGGGACCCAAUCUUCUUUCCCAGCUUCAUUCACACUCAGAAGAGGAAUCCUGUGACUCAUUUAAAAGAUCCUGACAUGUUCUGGGAUUUCAUCACACUGCGUCCUGAGACCACCCAUCAAGUGUGCUUCUUGUUCAGUGAUCGUGGAAUUCCUGACGGUUAUCAGCACAUGAAUGGAUAUGGAAGUCACACCUUUAAAAUGGUGAAUGCCAAGGGAGAGGCUGUCUACUGCAAGUUCCAUCUCAAGACCGAUGAAGGAAUAAAAAACCUGCCCGCAGACAAAGCAGAAAGGCUGGCAGGUUCUGAUCCAGACUACAACAACAGGAUGCUGUACAAUGCCAUUGCUAAUAAAAAACCACCGUCUUGGACUAUGUACAUCCAGGUCAUGACGUUUGAACAGGCUGAAAAGUUCCGCUGGAAUCCAUUUGAUUUGACCAAGAUCUGGCCACAUUCUGAUUAUCCGCUGAUACAAGUUGGAAAGAUGGUACUUGACGAAAACCCGUCCAACUAUUUUGCACAGAUUGAGCAGAGCGCUUUUAACCCUGCGGCAAUGGUUCCUGGAAUUGAGCCAUCUCCAGAUAAGAUGCUUCAGGGUCGACUCUUCUCGUACCAUGACACUCACCUUCACCGACUGGGAACCAACUACCUACAGCUGCCUGUGAAUUGUCCUUACAAGACCAGAGUCUCCAACUACCAGAGGGAUGGACCACAGACCUUUGAUAACCAAGAUGGCUGUCCUAACUACUACCCCAACAGCUUCAGUGGACCCAAAGACGACAUGAAGUAUUCAGCGCACAAAUUCCAGGUAUCUGGCGAUUGCCAGCGCUACGAGUCGGGCGAUGAAGAUAACUUCUCUCAGGUCACCCUUUUCUGGGACAAAGUAUUGGAUAAAGACGCCAAAGAGCGGUUGGUGAGCAGCAUUGCAGGUCAUCUGAAGGACGCCAAGGAGUUCAUACAGAAACGAGCUGUGGAUAAUUUUGCCAAAGUGCAUCCUGACUUUGGUAACCGCUUGAACACAAAAUUGAUGGAGUACAGAAACUAAAUCUCCACAGACGCUCCAUGACUGUUGAAGGUACUUUCAACAACUGCCUGCAUUUCGAUCAGUUAUAUUUAGUCCAAAAGGACAAGUUUUAGCUGUGGAGUAAUACACUGAUCAAGCAACGAUUAUAGAAAAACUAAAGUUUGAGAAUAAUGUAAAGACUAAUAAGUAAAGUUGACACAGAGUCUGCUCUGCGAGGAGCAUCAGUUUGUUUAAGUUUGUCACGAUUUUCAAAUACGUUUUUGUCUUAGGUUAUUGCAAGAGACCACGAUCUCUUGUUGUUAAACUUCAUGGGUGCAUGUACCGAGGCACGUAAUAGAUAGAUGAGCUCAAGUUAUUCAAUAAAGAUUCAGUUUGAUUGA